CCUCAAACUCUUUAUAAAAAGUUUAGUAAUGCAGUUGCAUAUUAUAAACAAGAAAAUAAAACAGUAAUUGAUAAAAAAAUACGUUCAUAUUUUAAUUCAAUUUCUUUACAUGUUUAUUGCCAUCAAUUAAAAUUUACCUCACACAAUACAAAUAAUUCUGGCAGCUCUUCUUUACCAAAUAAUACUUCAUUGAUUCAUAUAUCUCUACAAUGUGAAGAUGAAUUGUCUAAAAAUGCCAUAAGUCAACGAGAUGCAUUUCAAAAAAUAACAGCAGUGACUAAAAAAAUAUCAGAAUAUGAACAAAUAUAUUUAAUUUCAACAGAUGAAUCAUUUAAGAAAACAUUA